AAAGCCGACAACAUGGGUUGUUGAGAUGCUGAAGAGGGAGCCAACCCCCCAAGUUGUAACCAGUUUGUGAGACAUUUCUUCGGCACCUUUGCAGCACAUUCAAGCGCACACAAUUUCGUCUUCGACCUUCUCUCUUUGCUCUGCCCUGUCCCCCAUGGUUAAAUAAUGGCUACAUUUCUACAAACUCAACGCCGCCGCCUUCGGGACCACCUGAAACAACAAUGGGCUGAAACGGGCAUAAAAACGCUCAUCGAUGGCACAGGGUUUUGCUCAACAUGUCGACGAAUUAGUGCCCGGCUUGAGAAAGUCAUUGACCGGGGAUUUGAUGGCCUUGAUAUGCUCGAACGCGAGUGCUUGCGCGUACGCAUCGAUCUUCGGAACCACAUCCCAGUCGAACAGUCCCGACAAAAGAAAUGUAACCUCUGCAAUGUCAUGGCCCACAUGCUUCGAGUCAGUGGUACCCUUGAAAGUUGGCUUACAGAAAAUUGCUACCUUUAUAUCGGUUCAGCAAAGAAUCAGUACGGCAUCCUUGAAGACUUCGACAUUUCAGACACCUUUUGCAUGUGGGUUCAGUCAGUGAAGCCACAGAUGAACGAAGUGGAAUGGUUUCAAUUAAUGGGUUUGUUGAAAUUUGUCCCACGGAUACCAUACCACCGCACUCGGGACUCUGGGCUCGCUGGUAUAGCUCUUGAAGUCAGCAGUGAUCCAGGGAAGAUAGGUGGCCGUCUCGUCGGACCUUAUGCGGACUUCGAGCUUGUCAAGUCAUGGUUUGACGACUGCACUUUGCAUCAUGGCUCUACCACCUGCCAAACCGACGCCUCCAUUCUCCAAGAAAUUCCAGGGCUCCAAGUAAUCGACUGUUCGUCUCGGAGGCUCGUUUCAUGGUCGCAGCUACCGAAAAACCAAGAUCGCAAUUAUGUCGCUUUAAGCUACGUGUGGGGAACCAAAUCGGAUGAUGAGAAUGACGGAAACAAAGACAUCUCGGACCGGACAGUCGAUUGGCCACUUCCGUCAAAGCUUCCUCCUCUCAUCGAAGACACUAUCACGGCGGUCAUCAAGCUAGGCCUCAAAUAUCUCUGGAUUGAUCGGUACUGUAUCCCGCAAGGGGAUCAAGAAGCAAAACACACACAGAUUCAGAACAUGGAUAGCAUAUAUGGGUCUGCUUCCCUGACAAUCAUUGCGGCGGCGUCAGAUGAUCCGUCCCACGGACUUCCAGGUGUGUCGUUGCCGAGAUACGGCCGCGGUCGCCCGGAUAAGAAUCCACCAGUUUCUGUUAGAAUUGGAUCCCGAACGUUUGUCACAGUUGACACAAGUACUGCUCCCUCCGUAUUGAGGGAUUCAAUGUGGAAUAAUCGAGCUUGGACGAUGCAGGAAGCUUUUCUAUCAUGCCGCUGCCUCGUUUUCUUCGAUGAUGGAGCAUACUUUCAAUGCAGCUCACCUAGGUCGCACCGCUUUGAGGCACUUCAUGAGCCGUCAGCUCUACUGCAGCUCAGACACGAAGUACUCAGUACCCAAAACACAAAAUUCACGCGAUUCAUGCCUGCAAAAUCAUUAAUUCUGACCAAGAUCGGAGAAGCUGAGGUUUCUGAGCUUGACUGGUGUGUGCAACUUGUGGAGGACUAUUUCCCUCGAAGCCUGACCUUCGAAAACGACACCCUGAAUGCAUUUUCGGGCAUGUUGAAGUAUUUGCAGUCCUUGAAGCCGUCAAUUUAUAACCUAUGGGGUGUGUUGAUGCUUCCAGAGGUCAUAUCAAUGUCCUCUGGACAACGAAUCAGAUAUAACCUCGUACGCACUUUAGCGUGGUGUUACCUCUACCGUCAGACUAAUUAUGAUCCGAUCCUGCGCAAGCUUGACAAGCUGGAAGGAACAACAGCAUCACCGAGAAAGGAGAUGUUCCCGAGCUGGACAUGGGCUGAUUGGAGGCCAAGAGUUGAACUUCAUGGUGGUGGUGGAGAUGACGACAAGUACACCAUCAACUAUCACCCUGAACCCCCUCGCCGAGAUUUGAUUUUUACUUCCCUUGUCGAUCUGAGUGUGGAGCUUGACGAUGGCAGGGUUGUCUCUUGGGCCCAAGGAUACCUUUACGACUCGGAUGUAUCAUGGCUGACAACUUUGCCAAACCCGCCACGGAUUCUGCACAUCCAGGGAUAUACCGCUAAUCCGCAACUACGAUACAUGACGGAGGUGGACUGGGCGAAAUUCCACGAGCGAACUAUACUUCCCAUCAACGAAACCUAUGCCCAUAGUGGAAGUUAUGAUCGGCGCGACAACCACUGCUGUGGCUGGGGUUAUAGCCACCGUUGGAUAUUGAUAGAUGCUGAUGGGCAGCACCUUCAGUCACUGCUCGAGCCGACUAACCGCACAGAACCCCGGUGCUGGGCCAACGUGGAACAUUCCAUUCUACAUUCAGACAAUCUGAGCGCCGUGGCAUACCUCUAUCAUUUUCAAACGCAGAGGGGUAACCAGGCCGACAGCAUCAAACCCUACACCGAGUGCACGUUCGAUUUUCGAGUCAUUGUACUUGGUUAUAACCAGUCGGGCCAUAUCUACUACAUGAUGCUCAUGAAGUCCCCGGGUCUCGACAAUCAGACUGAAACAUUUGCGCGAGUAAAUGUCAUGCGUGAAGAUACAACCGAUUUACGCCAUGAGGAACCAGCUGAAGUCAAAUUAGAGGGGUUCUUGGAUUGGCUUACAGGAAAGCUAGUUGAACCCUGCCGGGGGACACCAUGGGUCAAGAUGAAUACGAGAAUAGCCUAGUAAGAAUGAGGGUUGAGAGCAUAGAGUCUGCGUUAGAUACCUUACAGGCCGAAUGUUAUAUCCCGUUUCU